UCAUACUGAAGUCUUUAUUUACCAGAGAGAAAAUAGUAAAAGGAUGUCUUGUAAUUUAUGUAGAUGUCAUACCAAACUCUUCAAUUGAUUGUUAAAGAUCAUAAUAGCAUUAUAAUGUAAUAUAUAUGUCGUCCGUAAAGAGGUUCACGAAGGAAAACAACUUUAUUCCUCUUUAUUUGAUGCUUAAGAUGUUCAAUAUACACACAGGGAAGUAAAUGUACAAUUCCUGAUACGUGUAAUAAUACCUUAACGUUUAAAAUAGUCGAAAAGUAAUAAAUUAGUAAAUAAAAGUAGUAAAAUAUCCAUUUGCUUCUCGUUUCCACACAGUAACGGUUUUUGCAGAUUUUGAAAACGUCAUCUCUCAGCGACAGAAUUUUCUUAUCAUUCGCGCCUGCGCAGUAGUACAUAGCUUUGUUGUUUCAUGUCAGUAUGGCGCUUAGCAAAACGUUUGGGCAAAAACCGGUUAAAUUCCAGCUCGAGGAGGAUGGAGACUUUUACAUGAUCGGAUCGGAGGUGGGAAACUACCUCCGCAUGUUCAGAGGCUCCCUGUACAAAAGAUACCCGUCGUUAUGGAGGAAACUGGCUUCAGUAGAAGAACGGAAGAAAAUAGUGGAGUCGUCACACGAUCACGGCUACACUCAGCUGGCCACCAGCGUGACGCUGCUGAAGGCUUCGGAGGUCGAGGAGAUCCUCGAGGGAAAUGAUGAGAAGUACAAAGCCAUCUCCAUCAGCACGGAGCCGCCCGCCUACCUCAGGGAGCAGAAGGGCAAGAGGAACAGUCAGUGGGUUCCCACGCUGCCCAACAGUUCUCACCACCUGGACGCGGUUCCCUGCUCCACCACCAUCAACCGCAGCCGACUGGGACGAGACAAGAAGAGGACUUUCCCGCUGUGCUUUGACGACCACGACCCAGCGGUGAUCCACGAGAACGCCACUCAGUCCGAAGUCCUGGUUCCGAUCCGUCUGGACAUGGAGAUCGAGGGACAGAAGCUCAGAGACGCUUUCACCUGGAAUAUGAACGAGAAGCUGAUGACGCCCGAGAUGUUCGCCGAGAUCCUUUGCGACGACCUGGACCUCAACCCGCUGGCCUUCGUCCCCGCCAUCGCCUCCGCCAUCAGACAGCAGAUCGAGUCGUACCCGACGGACAGCAUCCUGGAGGAGCAGACGGACCAGAGGGUCAUCAUCAAGUUGAACAUCCACGUGGGCAACAUCUCCCUAGUGGACCAGUUUGAGUGGGACAUGUCCGAGAGGGAGAACUCUCCGGAGAAGUUCGCCCUGAAGCUCUGCUCCGAGCUCGGCCUCGGCGGAGAGUUCGUCACCACCAUCGCCUACAGCAUCCGAGGUCAGCUGAGCUGGCACCAGAGGACCUACGCCUUCAGUGAAAACCCGCUCCCCACGGUGGAGAUCGCCAUCAGAAACACGGGUGAUGCUGACCAGUGGUGUCCUCUGCUGGAGACGCUGACGGACGCCGAGAUGGAGAAGAAGAUCAGAGAUCAGGACAGAAACACCAGGCGGAUGAGGCGGCUGGCGAACACGGCUCCUGCGUGGUAGAAGACGCCGCGUCGGCGCCCCGACAGGAGCGCUGCUCGUCUAUUUGAGGUAUGAGCGCCGUCAGCAACACGCGAGAGAUGUCCCUCCACCGCGCGCCGGAUCUUCUUUUUCCUCCGCUCGACCGGCUUCUCGCUCGGCCGUUCGAACCGCGUUGUUUCCUUUAUUUUUUCUAUCGUUAAUGUUAAUAUUGUGUUCUGUAGAAAGCCCUCGUGUUCCCCCUCGGCGUGGAGGAGCCGCUCACUUUGACCACUGACUCUCUUUACUGACCACAGAGGGAGAAGAACGACCACGCAGCCAGUCUCAGAUAAUAUAUAUUGUUAUGUUGUAUUUGUUGUCUUUUUGUACAUUUUAAUAAUUCUUACAAAAUUAAAAAAAAAAGUGAAAAAGCUGGAGUCUAUUGUCUAUUGUGCAUCAUUUAGAAAUGUUUUUGAAUAAUGUUUCUGCUUAUUUAGGAUGCAAUUUAGAAAUCUCUGAAGCGGAUUAAUAGUUUAACGAGCUGAUAGUUUAAAGUGUCAGAUAUAAAUAUCUCGGUUCUCCUGAGGCUGCUGUUGAGAUGAAACGCCACUCGGUCAUUGUUUUAUGUAAAUGAGUGGACGGUGUGGAAAGUUGAUGUUCAUGUUGAUAAAACGUCUUUAUGUCUCAUGCUCCUCAGAGGAUCACUUCUGAUGACUUUGCUGAUCCUGACUUUUUUUUUACCCUUUAGCGCCACCGUCUCGUCCAAUCAUUCUUUUGUCCAAUACUUUGGUUCAUGACGACGAUCCCAUCCGCCUCAAAUGUUAGCAUGCUAACAUGCUAAGCUAACGGUAAACAUUGGACCUGCUUACCAUCAGUGAGCAUGUUAGCAUGCCUCUGUUAGCAUUCAGCUAAAAGGCACCGUUGUGCCUAAACGCAGCCUCACAAUAUAUACAAUAAUAUCUUAAUAAUGUGAUGAACUGGUCCGUUUUUCUGUAGAAAAAACUAAGUUUACCGAGACCACUUUCACGGUUUAAUUUUCAAUAUUUGAUCAGCACAAUUAGAUGUUUACUUUAAACGUUUCUGCUUCUUUUUGUGAACUAAUAGUUGAUUUAAAGGCCACUUUGUAUCUGAGACGUUCCUGUUCUGACCCACAAUGAUCUUCACUGUAAAUUCUAACAUGCAUCAUCAGUGCUGUGUUGUCAUGAUGAUGAAGUGUUGUGUUAUCUGGGCCAACACCACAGAGAGAGACGUGUUGUUGUGCUAAGCAGUUUCCAUUUUGUCCGCCAGUGUUUGACCCACAAAGGCAGCGGGUGAAAGUGCAGCGUGUGCAGACGGGCUGAUGGGAAUUCAGGCCGGUCGGCAGUUCUGCAGUGACACAACAGGAAGGGCAGUGAGUUCUUUAUAAGAGACGUACAAACACCAAGUUUAUUCAUCUGGUCACCAGAAAAGAGUUUGAAGAUGUUUCCAGUCAAACGCCGUCAUUGAAUAUUCGUGAUUCUUGACUUGCAGUUCGGUCCUUAAACGUCUCGACUGUCCUCUGCAGAGACUCGGGGAUCCACAUCCUCUUACGUCUCUUUCUGUUUCCUCUGAAUCAUCCAGAUGUUUAGGGGGGGUUCUUGUGUGUUUUAGUGGUGCGGCUCGUCGUCCUGCUGCUCGUCUUCUUGGAGGAGACGGUAGUCUGGGUCCUCGGGCCGGUCGAACAAGACCCGUCUGAGAAGAGAGAACGAGGCCACAUGAGGGGGAACAAAUGUCUCUUUGCAUUUCCUAAAUAAGACAGAAACACUCAUCUUCUUUACUCAAAUGUUCCGUAUCUGGAAAUGUCUGAAACAUUAUUUUCAGGUCAGAGUUUGAAGUAAACAAGACUAAAGAUAUUUUCCUCUACGUUUUGAAAUAACAUUCUGUCCUCAGUCUUUGUUUUACAAAAUGUCUUCGUCCACCCUAAAAAUACAAACGACAGCAAGCGCU